AUGGUGCGACGUGUGGCAGUAGUGGGCGCCGGCGUCAGCGGGCUGGCAGCCACCAAGUGCUGUCUGGAAGAGGGGCUGGAGCCCACCUGCUUCGAGAGGAGUGAGGAUGUCGGGGGGCUCUGGUACUACACGAACAAAGCAGAGGAAGGCAGAGCCAGCAUCUACCGCACCGUGUUCACCAACUCCUGCAAAGAGAUGAGUUGUUACCCUGACUUCCCCUUCCCUGAUGACCACCCCAACUACAUGCACAACACCAGGCUCCAGCACUACCUCUGCAAGUACGCCGAGCACUUUGGCCUUCUCCAGCACAUACAAUUCAAGACCCUGGUCACCAAGGUUAAAAAACAUCCCAACUUUUCUGUGACGGGGCAAUGGGAGGUGGUGACCCAGAGGGAUGGGAAGGAAGAGACAGCUGUUUUUGAUGCUGUGAUGGUUUGCUCUGGGCAUCAAGUCUACCCAAACCUCCCCCUCGCUGACUUUCCAGGAAUAGAGAAGUUUAAAGGCUGCUACUUUCACAGCCGAGAGUACAAGGAACCAGAGAAGUUCAGAGGGAAGAAGGUGCUGGUGAUAGGCUUGGGUAACUCUGGUUCUGACAUUGCUGUGGAGCUCAGCACCAUGGCAUCUCAGGUCUACCUGAGCACUCGAAGUGGGUCCUGGGUGAUGAGCCGUGUCUGGGACAAGGGCUACCCCUGGGACAUGCUGGUCAUCACUCGUUUCCAGUCCUGGCUGGGGACAAUCCUUCCCAGGGCGCUCAGCAACUGGCUGUAUGUGAGAAGCAUGAAUCGGUCCUUCAAGCACGAGAAUUUUGGCCUCAUGCCACUGGAGAGAGCCUCCCGCAAGGAGCCAGUGUUCAACGAUGACCUCCCAGGUCGCAUCGCCUGCGGCGUGGUGGUGAUCAAGCCAAACGUGAAGGAGUUCAGAGAAAAAUCCGUCUUGUUCCAAGAUGGGACUGUGCAGGACGGUGUCGACCUUGUCGUCUUUGCCACUGGUUACAUCUGCUCCUACCCUUUCAUGGAGGAUCAUUCCAUCAUCAAAAGCAGGGACAAUGAGGUCACCCUCUACAAGGGUAUCAUCCCUCCUCAGCUCGAGAAACCAACCAUAGCAGUUAUUGGGCUGGUCCAGACACUUGGAGCCAUCAUGCCAACGGUGGACCUGCAAUGCCGCUGGGCAAUCAAGGUGUUUCAGGGGCAGUGCACGCUCCCUCCCAUCAGAGAGAUGAUGGAUGACAUUGAUGAGAAGAUGGGGAAGAAGCUCAAAGGGCACAGGAACAGCAGCAUGCUGCAGACAGAUUAUGUCACCUACAUGGAUGAGCUGGCCUCGGCCAUUGGAGUAAAGCCCAGCAUGACAAAGCUCCUGCUGACAGACCCACGGCUGGCCUUGGAGGUCUUCUUUGGCCCCUGCACGCCCUACCAAUUCCGGCUGGUGGGCCCCGGGAAGUGGAGUGGGGCCAGAAAGGCCAUCCUGACCCAGUGGGACCGCACCCUGCGGGCCACGCAGACACGCAUCACCCCUGCCGCCCCCACCACCUUUCCCUGGCUGGCUGUGCUGGGGAUGCUCUUUCUUCCACUCCUCCUCCUCCUUGCUGCCCUGAUGAGGAGAUGGCUCUGA